AUCAGAAAGCGUUAAAAACCCUGAUCAACUUGUGAGGUUAUGAGUUCGCCAACAUUACUGUGAUAAGUGUGAUAUUGUGUUAACGAAAAAAGGAAUAAUAAACCGUAAUCAAAAUGCUUAGGCCACUCAAAAUAAUAUCUUCAUUAAAUUUUAAGAAAAGCAAUGUCAUUUGUUCUUUUAUGAGUAAAUUCUCUACAGAAAAUAAAUUUGACUCUGGGGAAAAAUCAUUUGAAGGAAGACCCCUUUAUCUUGAUGCUCAGGCUACUACGCCUUUGGAUCCCAGAGUAUUAGACGCAAUGUUACCAUAUAUGACCGCCUAUUAUGGUAAUCCUCACUCUAGGACUCAUUCAUAUGGUUGGGAAACCGAAAAAGCAGUUGAGAUUGCAAGAGAACAGGUUGCCAAAAUAAUUGGAGCUGACCCUAAAGAAAUAAUAUUUACUUCGGGAGCCACUGAAAGUAACAAUAUUGCAGUCAAAGGUGUAGCAAGAUUUUACAGUUCGAAAAAAAAACAUAUAAUUACAACACAAACGGAACACAAAUGUGUAUUAGAUUCUUGUAGGGCACUUGAGGCAGAAGGAUUUAGAAUUACAUAUUUGCAAGUAGAUAAAAAUGGAUUAAUUUCAUUAGAUGAAUUGAAUGAAACAAUUACACCUGAAACAUCCUUAGUUUCGGUAAUGUCAAUCAAUAAUGAAAUAGGUGUUAAGCAACCAAUUGCAGAGAUUGGAAAAAUGUGCCGGGAGAAAAAAGUAUUUUUCCAUACAGAUGCUGCUCAAGCUGUCGGCAAGAUUCAUCUGGAUGUUAAUGAAAUGAAUAUUGAUUUGAUGUCAAUAAGUGGGCACAAACUUUAUGGACCAAAAGGUAUCGGUGCUCUCUAUGUGAGAAGGCGUCCUAGGGUACGUGUAGAACCCAUUCAAAGUGGAGGUGGACAAGAAAGAGGCUUGAGAAGUGGAACUCUACCUGCUCCUUUGGUUGUUGGUUUAGGAGAAGCUUGUUCCAUUGCACAGAAAGAGAUGGUUUAUGACCAUGUAUGGAUGGAAAGAUUGAGUAAUCGAUUACUUGCCCAAAUAAACUCAUCUUUAUCUCAUGUUGUGAGAAAUGGUGAUCCACAACAUACUUAUCCUGGAUGCAUCAAUUUAUCAUUUGCGUUUGUGGAAGGAGAAUCUUUAUUAAUGGCUUUGAAAGAUGUUGCUCUCUCUAGUGGAUCUGCUUGUACUUCAGCAUCUUUAGAGCCUUCUUAUGUCCUUAGAGCUAUUGGAGCUGAUGAAGAUUUAGCACACAGUUCUAUAAGGUUCGGUUUUGGUCGUUUUACCACUGAGGAGGAAGUGGACUACACAGCACAAAGAUGUAUUCAGCAUGUGAAGAGAUUGAGAGAUAUGAGUCCCUUAUGGGAAAUGGUUCAAGAAGGAAUAGAUCUCAAGACCAUACAGUGGUCACAACACUAAUUCUCUAAUAUAAUAAUACUAUUCAUAUAAUUGAACAAUAAAUAACUUUUAGUUCAACUGUGAAGAGGAAAGCUUUAAAAGAAAAAAAAAUAAUAUUUUAGAAAAUAUAUUUAUGAUGAUCCUUCAAAAGGUACCGAUACUUCAUAUUUAUAAUAACCAUUUUUUCCAGUUGUAAAUCUCACUGAUAAAUCGACAGAUUUCAAAAUUGCAGUUCCAAAAUCAAACUUUCUGUAUUUCUCUAAAAUAAAUGAUGCAUCAAAAGUG